AUGUCUAUUGAUUCAGGCUAUUGGAAAAAUGCUGUGACCUUCGUUUCCGUUUCCCUAGCGGCAUACACAUCUUGGAAGUACUAUCAAGCAGUUCUUCGUAGGGAUACACCUCCAGUCAAACAAAGUGUAGAUGAACUAAUCGGUAAUACCCCAUUAGUGCUUAUAAAAUCUUUGUCCAAGGCUACAGGUACUCAGAUCUAUGCAAAAAUGGAAUUAUGCAACCCAGCUGGAAGUGCAAAGGAUAGAGUCGCAUUUAACGCUAUUAGAGAGGCUGAGCAAGAUGGUCGAUUGAUAAAAGGCGAACCGGGUUGGGUUUUUGAAGGUACCAGUGGAUCUACAGGAAUCUCCAUUGCACUUUUAUGCAAUUCUUUAGGCUACAGAGCUCAUAUCUCAUUACCUGAUGAUACUUCAAAUGAAAAAUUAUCACUUUUAGAAAGUUUGGGGGCUACUGUUAAUAAGGUUAAACCUGCGAGUAUUGUAGAUCCUAAUCAAUAUGUGAAUGCUGCAAAGAGAGCUUGUGAAGAAUUGGUUAAGAAGGGUGGAAGGGGAAUCUUUGCCGAUCAAUUUGAAAAUGAAGCUAAUUGGAGAAUUCACUACGAGACCACUGGUCCUGAAAUUUAUAAACAAAUGAAUGGUCUAAUAGAUGGGUUUGUCGCAGGCUGUGGUACUGGUGGUACCAUUACAGGUGUUUCCAAAUAUUUGAAAGAAAGAAUAUCUCCUCAUGUAGUAUUAGCAGAUCCACAAGGUUCAGGUUUUUAUAAUAGAAUAAAUUACGGCGUUAUGUAUGACAAAGUGGAAAAGGAAGGUACUAGAAGAAGACAUCAAGUGGAUACAAUGGUCGAAGGAAUUGGUCUGAAUAGAAUUACAAGAAAUUUUGAAUUAGGUGAACACUACAUCGAUGAGUCUAUUAGAGUCACUGAUGACCAGGCAUUAAAGAUGUCAAAGUUUUUAUCGGUACAGGAUGGGCUAUUCAUUGGUAGUAGUACGGCAAUUAAUGCUGUAGCUGCAGUGAAACUCUCUAGAAAGCUGGGAAAAGGUUCUCGCAUUGUUAUAAUUGCAUGCGAUUCAGGUUCAAGGCAUCUAAGUAAGUUCUGGAAGACAGCUAAAGAUGUGGAUCGUGAUAUAUCCCUUGAGCAAGUAAUGGUAGAUUAA